CUGCGAAUUUUUGGUUAUUCAUUUGAAACGAAUUUUAAUAUAUUAAAAUAAUUUUUUUAAGUUUAAGAUUAAAUCUCUCAUUUAAAAAAUUAAUAAAUGGAAACGACAUUUUACGACGAUAACAACCUAAGUGUCAAGAAGAUGAAGACGAAUAUGACAUUAGAUUUCAACAAGAUGAAGCAGCAGACGUCCGAUCUGUUACAAACUCCAGACGUGGGAGGCCUUCUAAUGAUGAACACGCCUGAAUUAGAAAGACUUUUGGCCUACAACAACUUCAACACCGUGAUGACCACGCCAACCCCGACCGGUCAAAUUCUCUUUCCGAAAAUGGUCACUGAAGAACAAGAGGCCUAUGCUAGAGGCUUCAUCGAUGCUCUCGGCGAGCUACACAAAAAGUCGCAAGUGGAGUCUCUGCCGUCGUCUACCACGCAAACGCCACUGCGUCCACAAACACAGCAACAUCUACAACCGGCAGUUCGAGAUGUGAAAGUUGUUCCGCAACAACAACAACAGCCUCAAGUCAUAAAAACUAACGUAGUAGAACAGCAACAACUCAGGGCCACUCCGCCGUCGACGUUGGCCGCUGUUACCUCGGCCACUUCAACGUCUGCGCCAUAUUUGCCAACCACCAUCACUGACAUGAUUUGUUACAACAAUUUUGCUGAUUUCAAUAUUAGUGAAAUGAGCAACGUUGAUUUAAUGCAGAAUAAUCCUUUACUCCAACCUUUAAAACCUUUAGUGGACGUAAAGACCACCGCUACUACUAACAACGUCAACACUAAUUCGAAAGUAUAUUUCAACGCUUCAGCAUCGCCACCUCAGCUAAUCGAAAACUACCAAACGGUGCCGCACCUGCCAACCAACUAUUCGAUUAAAAACACCCACAGCCCGGGCUCAUCAACUUCAACAUCUUCAGCUCACCAUAAACCGCCCACACAGUCCCAACUACAGCAGCAGCAGCAAUGCAGUAACUCUAUCUCGCCCAUUGACAUGAACAUGCAAGAAUUGGCCAAACUAGAAAGAAAGAGAGAGCGUAACAGACACGCUGCCACUCUCUGUAGGAAUAGGAAAUUAGAGAGAAUCGCCAGAUUAGAAGACAGAGUGAAAGAACUGAAAGAUCAAAACAUGACUCUUGCUCAGACAGCGAAUUUGUUGAGAAGUCAGGUGUCUGAACUGAAACAGGCCAUAUUUGAACAUACACAGAUGGGUUGUCAAGUCAUGCUUACGUCGAAGUUUCUUGAUUCCGACGUCAUGUUCAGCUGAUUUGCUUGUCCACUUGUUUAUUGGAAUGCUGUCUAUCUGUCGGUCUUGUUUUUAUUUUUUUAUAUUUGCAAAGACAGUAGCAAAUUGUUGUCAAUUUAUUGUAGAUUUGUAACUAACUGAUUAAUUAAAAAAUUGAUCAACCAUACAAUUCCCCAGCUUAGUUUUUAUUUUAUAUAAUUUUUCAUCUAUUUUUGAAAAUUUUUUCACGUUUAUUUGUGAAUAAACUAAUCUCAUAAUUUGCCUAAUAAUUAAUAUUUUAUUUAUUUGUUUAUUAUUAUAUUUAUUUAUUUAUAUUUUAAAAUUUGUUAUUUAUUUUAGUUAGGACCGUUAUUUUACGUUAUUUAUUGAACAACAAUAAAACGAGUGUUUCCACAUUGAUAACAUUGAGUUUCCUAAGCUUCUAUAUAUUUUUGUUAUUUCUAAAAUACAUACAGAAACAUACUUACACACACACAUACAAAUAAUCGUGUUUUUUGUUUUGUAUGCAAAACCGGUUUUGCCUUAUUUUUGCAAUAAAAAUGUUUAAAACCUGAUAAA